CCCAAGCCCCGCCUCCUUGCCCCUGAAACGCUCGGCCUGUCCCUGUUCUUCCCGCUGCCCGGGCGAGGGGGUGUCACCAUGGGCAGCAAGAUGGCGGCUGCCAGUAGGGUCGUUCAGGUGGUUAAGCCACAUAUGCCUUUAAUUAAGUUUCCAGACAGAAGAAGUACUCCCAAGCCAAAAAUACAAGAACCUCUACAGUCAAGAGUGCCUCCACUUCAUGCAUCAUCUUCACAGCUCUCUGCAGGAGGAGGGCCACCAUCCCAACAAAAUAUUUCCUUCAGUGGUAGAAUACAAGGCACACCCGACACAGCAGAAUUAGUAAGAACAUUACCUCAAAAAUACAGACGGAAACCUAUAAACACUGAAGAGAUGGAGUAUAUCCAACGAGGAGGUCCUGAAUAACACAGAAGAAUACACUGUUAGCUGCUCUUGAGCAACAAACUCUUGUGUUUACUGUAUUGGUCUUCCUCACUCUGAGUCUUGUAAACACUUUUAUUGAAGGCAUUUCAUGAGGUGCUUUCGGAAGUGGCGGUGCCGCACAUCAGAAGAUAAUUCUGUUUUGAAUGAUCAUUUGGCUCCACUAUAUAACUCCACUAUUAAAAUUAUUUUUUUUCAUUUUACUCAGAAUUAUUUAAUUGUAUGUUUUGUAGUUGAUGUACUAAGGAAGAAUUUCGAUUUUUGCAAGCAAAAUGCCAACCACAUGUACCCAGAAGAAUAUCUUGAUUUUUCCACUUGUGUAACCUCUUCAGCAAUAACAAAAGCAAAAUCUGUUCUUUCUAUCAAGAAGCAAUACAUAUUGUUCCAGAGAAGUUUCUGGAAAAACAUUAAAGAAUGAAAACCAUAGGCUUGAGGGAAAUCACAGUGGUUUUUUUCCUUAUUGCCUGUUAACUGUUUGCCACUGCUUUCCAGAUGGAGGGAAACUAUGGAGUGUGAUGGCCACUCUCCAGUGCAAGUAGGGUCACGUGUGAUUACUUAAUUAUGCUGAGCCAGGGCCAAUUGCCAAUAUUGUAAGUUUAUCUGUUUACUCUUUUGGACAAUAGGUUUUACUUCUAAACUGUUCCCCUGUACCCAUUCAGAUUGGAACAGUUGUCAAGUGAAGAAUGGUCCGUAUUAUGCAGGAAUUCAUUUUAAUCAGUCAAGAUCAAUUAGAGACAAAGGACAAGGGCUAAGAGCCAGUGGCAUACUUCUACUUGACCCUGCUCCUUCUGUCACAGUUGUCCUGCUGUGGUAAUUGGUAUUUCUCUCCCUCUCCCAUACACUCUAGGAAGUGUUUGGCACCAUCUGCAAUAGGAGGGGAAAAGGAAAAAUUGCCUUGAUUGUAUUGGUGUUAAGUACCUGAUUGCUGGAUUAUGGCUUUAAGUUUUGUUCAAUAUUCUUUUUAAAUACUCAAAAUAAUAGGAAACUCAAUUGUUUGUUAUAUUUCAUUGUUAAUUAAGUUUAUGAUUGGUGAUACCCUUACCACUCAGAUUAACUGUAAUUUAGCAACUGUAACAUCCAAAGGAUGCUCUUCUGUAAUAUAAGAAUGAGCUGACCAU